AAACAUGGCUGAAAAACAAACCAAAGAUAGGGAGGCAAUGCAAAUGAUGUGAGACGAAAUAGGGCAAGUCAAAGAGCAACGAGAAGCAAUGCAACGGAUGCUAGAAGACAUGGGGAGGAUGCAAGCAUCUCUAUCGCAGCAAUUUGCUGCUUUUAGUGCCUACAGGAUGCGCCCGCCUAGUGCUAUCCCAUCAUUGCCUCACAAUGGGCAAGCAUGUCCUCUUGUAGGGACAUCAUUCCCUAUUGUUAGGCCAUCGUUUCAUGCUAGUGGGCCAUCAUUUCCUCAUGCAAUGCCAAUGCAAAUGCUAAUAGAACCUGCAUUCCCCAUGGGCCAAAUGGGGAGACAAUCAGGAUUUCCAAGUACAUCUUUAGCCAAUCCCCCACAAGAUAAUUAUGGUUACCAACCGAGAUUUGAUGCAGAUUACCAAGGUCCAUUUGGGCCUGAAUGAUCAGUGUGCAUGAGGUUGUGAACGCAAAACUUGGCAUGUUCUUGAUACUUGAGAAAUACUUUUAGUUUUUGGAAGGGUGAUUUGAACUUGUUAGGACAUGGGUGUAUAUGUCAAUUGGAAUUGAAUGGUUUAUUUUUUAUAUUAACUGUAUUAUUAUGACUUGCAAGUUUAGAAUAUGUAAAAGGUCAUAUUAAAUGUUGCAAGUGAUA